UCAGGGAUAAAACAGCAGCACCGCAUCCCAGGAACAGAGGAGGAGAUUGCUGCUGGAUCUAGACGGCCAGUGAUUUUGGAUAUUAGCAAAGGUCGAACAAGGAGAGUGAAAAUGCCUCGGUCCUUCUUAGUGAAGAGUAAGAAGGCGCACAGCUACCACCAGCCCCGCUCCUUAGAAGAUGACGACAAUCGACUGGAUACUAUCUUAGCUCAUAUAUGUGCAGGUAUGUGGAUGUUAUCUCCAUUUUAAUGUCUGGAUGUUGUGUGAGGUGCACAUCAUUUGUAAAUGUCAAUUAUUUCAUACAAAUGGCACAACCUCAUUCUUUUUUCUGUAGCCUAAUUAUAUUGGUAUAAAUAUCCACUUUUAUUUGUCUAGUUUUACUGAUUGUUAGGCUAUAUUGUGAGGCAUGGCUUCAUUCAAAAUAACCUGCAAUAUCUUAGAAAUAUAAGACUAUGAUUUAUAAUUUAAAGUCUAGCUGUUAAUUCAAAGAUAUAUAUAUAUAACCCAUAUUGGCUUAUCCUGUAUCCAAAUCUGAAAUGUUUACCUAUUUCGAUAGUUACAUUGACCUCAAUGGAAUUAAUUUGCAAAUCGUAUCGUUAUUCUUAAUAACAUUUAAUUGUGCUGACAUAUAUAGGCUAUUAUUAAAGUUAUUAAUAUUUUGUCUUCUUCUUAAAAUAAUUAUUACAGUAUUAGGCUAUCAUUAUCAAAGUUGUAUUUUUGUCGUUAUACUGGUAGGCAAAGGCUACUUUAAUAGGCUACCUACGUUGUCCUCGUUGUAAUUAAAACAGAGAAUAGUAAGAUCCCAGAGGACUCGGAUGCCUUGACAUGCGGCGAUGCCAUCGGCGGGUUCUCCCCGGACUCUCACCUGGCGUACACGGCAGAUUUCUCCAAAUCUCUGCUCAGCUGUGGGGACAGUGUGUGCGGUCCAGUCUCGGAUUAUGAAGACUUCUGGCGGCCUCCAUCGCCCUCAGCAUCACCAGGUAGAGAUCUAGUCUGCGGUGCAUUCAAAUGUAGGCCUUAGAUACCUGAAAAAUGGGAGAUGGUAGCAGCGGCAAUGAUCCUCUUCAUAUUUUGAUGUUUUGUGAUAGCCUCAUAUUACAUAGGCUAAAUUAAACAAUCAUCAUCAGACAUAUCAAAUCGAAAAUCAACAUGAUUAUACUUUGAACUGAACGUUUGUGAUUACAAUUUCACAAUUUUGAUGACGGAACAUCCUGUUUGCCUUUCUCCAUCUUGAGUUAAGAACAGUGUGCUAAUCAAUUCUAUUUAUUUGCAACUCAACAGUAGAUUCUGAUAAAUCCCUGUCUCCCUCGGUGGACGAGACACAACCCUUUGCCGUUCCCUUCCGGCCCUAUGCGUGGAACAGUUACUCUGGUUCUGACAUUCGGCACCUGGUCCAGCAAAGUCUCCACCACCAGCACCACCAUCCCAUGGACCUGGACCAGAGCCAGGCUCUGGGUUACUAUGGUGACCGGGCUAUCGAACCAACCCUCUUCGACAGAAGCCCUGUACCUGAAAAUUACAGUGAUUACAGGGCCGCUGCCUGUUUGUUCGAGAGAGCCACCGUCCCCGGGGUUGGGUUGUACUCGGAAGGGAAUCUGCACGGGAAAAGCCCAGAAAUCAAGGCUGAGUCUGACCUUCUCUGCUCACGGCUCAUUCUGAAUGGUGCCUACAAGUGCAUCAAAUGCAGCAAGGUAAGAUAAUGUAUGUAAAUGUAGAGGAUUGAAACAUCUUAUGCUUGCAAUGACUUGCUUGAAGAUUUGUGGGUGUGGACACACUUUUUCCUCCAUAAUGAUCACUUUAUAAACCUCACCAUCACCCUCACGAAUUUCAAACAACUCUGCAGGUGUUUUCGACUCCCCAUGGGUUGGAGGUUCACGUUCGCAGAUCACACAGUGGCACGAGGCCCUAUGCUUGUGAUAUCUGUGGCAAAACCUUCGGACAUGCUGUCAGCCUCGAGCAACAUAAAGUUGUGCACUCUCAGGUGACCAUUCUAGAAUCUAGAUCAUUCUCGUCUCUUUUGUCACUGAUUAUUCAACGGCAACAAGCAAUAUAGGAUAUAUGUCAGAUUUAGACUAAUAUUUGCCAAUAUACUUCCACAGGAAAGAAGUUUUGAUUGCAAAAUCUGCGGUAAAAGCUUCAAAAGGUCGUCGACUCUCUCCACGCAUCUCCUCAUCCACUCUGAUACACGGCCUUACCCAUGCCAGUAUUGCGGGAAGAGGUUCCACCAGAAAUCAGACAUGAAGAAACACACAUUCAUCCACACAGGCAAGUAUACGUCAGAAAUGGUAGUGUAUUAGUAGACAUAGCUCGAUGCAACAGCCACCCAAUGCGGCUAAUGGUGAGCGGUCAUGCGUAAUUGACCUGCAUUUUUCCUGAAGACCUGAUACAAUAAAAUAAAAACAGCUUGCUUGCCUAUAUGGUUUGGCUAUUAAAGGUAAUAUGAUGGUUAAUGUAUACAUUUUGUUAUGCAGGUGAGAAGCCGCACAAAUGCCAGGUGUGUGGGAAAGCGUUCAGCCAGAGCUCCAACCUCAUAACUCACAGCCGGAAACACACGGGCUUCAAACCGUUCGGAUGCGACCUCUGCGGCAAGGGAUUCCAGAGAAAAGUCGAUUUAAGAAGGCACAAAGAAACACAGCAUGGACUAAAAGCCUCAAAC